AUGGUUACAGAAAACAAACUGAGGAUAAACGUUGGCUCUGAAGCCAAUCUAACGAGGAAGAAGCGUGGAGCUGAAGAUGUAGAAGAGGUUGAUCAGGCAAAUAUGAAGAAGAAGCCAAAGCUGGAUCGCGAGUUGUCCUUGUAUAGUGUGUGUCUAAAGGUACUAAAGUCGAUGAGAGACGAAUGGUCUGGUUGGCGUUUUGAGGAGCUGGUCGUUGAAAUUGCGGACUAUUUCUCUGUUAUAUCAAAGCCUAUGGAUUUCGUCACAAUCAAGUCCAAACUCGCCAAGAAUCUCUACGUAAAUAUUGCUGAAGGGUUUCCCAAAGAUGUUCGAUUAGUCUUCACGAAUGCGAUUCGCUAUUAUCCUCCUGAGAAUCCGCUUCACAAGGACGCUAAGAAGCUUAUGAGGAUUUUUGAGCUCAGAUGGGAGUCGGUAAAGAAGAAGUUAGCCUGUGGGAGCAUUUACUUGGACCAAAAGGUUUCUCGUUCGACAAAUCCAGUGGAAAAGCAGAGCAAAGAGGAUAAGCCUGAGAGCAGAAACGAUCAAUAUUUAAUGCCCUUAUCUCCUACCAAGGCUCUUCGUGCGGCAACAAUCGGGAUUCGUUUUGCAGAUACUAUCGUGAAAGCCAGAUAUAGAAAGGUCAUUGACGAGAGUGGUAACAAGACUGAUGUGAUGAAGAAAAUGCAGAAAGAAAAGCAACUUUUGGAAAGAAGGCAACGUGAAGUGAAAGCUAGAAUUGAAGGUGAGACUAGAGCCGCCAGGUUGAAAGUGCUAUGUAGGGAACGGCUUGCAUUAGAAGAGUUGGGAGAAGAAGCCAAAUUCAAUGUUGAAGAUCACUUGGAAACUGAGAGGGAGAUGGUGAAACUCUGUGGUGGAUCCUAUAUGGCAAGAACUCGGAGGAUUGAAGAGCUUGGUCUGUUUUUAAGAAUUGAGGAAUAUUGGCCGGAACUUGAAGAGAUUUAG